AUGAAGGAUGGGAAGUUUAAAAGCAACCACUUGUCAGCUCGUGAAUUGGAGUCUAUCAGUGGUCUGGUGAAGAGUUGGGCUUACUCGUAUGAAGCGAUGGCGCGUAUACGUCAAGAUGAAAUGCUCGCGGAUGACCGAGCAGUAGGCCCGACUCGCCAAAAAGCUAUUUCAGAUGCAAGUCUGGACGUCAGAGGCCUUCAUAUCGCGCCCUGGAAGGAGUACCGCUACAAGCAAGUUCGUAUUAUGUUUGCUUAA